AUGCCGCAUGUGGUAUUGUUUACUACUCGACUGUUCAGUUUCCGUGGAAGUUCGAGCGGUGCCAGUACAUGUGCACACUCAACAGCAGUACCGAUAGCCACCUAUGCAGCUCCAAUAAUACAACAAGGACCGGCUGGUCACACAGUGUCCACCUACCAGACGGCUCUCAAUCUUCCUAUUGAUCAAUAUGAUCUGCACCAUUUCGACCCAGGGGUGCCACUACUUAACAGUGGAGCCGAUGAUCUUUCUUCGUCGUCCAGUCAGUUAAUGUUCAACCGAAAAGAUGAUGGCAGGCAGGAAUAUUCUCGGCAUACAUAA